GAUGGCGCAAAAAAAUUUACCUGUACAAUAAGCCUUACUGGGCGCUACAAAAACCUUUUGUUUAGGUUUUUAUACUUUGGGGUAUCAACAAAAUGGAUGAUUCUCAAAUUGGCCCGCUUGCAACCAUUGCAAAACCAACACAGAUCUAUCGCUAUCUUAGGAAUCGCCAUCUCAUCUCGCCCAUAUUUCUCCAUCGCACCCUUUCUUACAUGAAGCAUCGAAUGUCUCGGUCUCAUAAAGCCAGAAAAAACUUCAAAGUCGAUUCUAUUUACGUCCGGGUAGCUGCGAAAAAUGAUGAUGAUAAUAGUAGUGAAAGAAAAAUCCAAAAUCUGUCUAUUGCUUGUGUUGGAGUAUUUUCAAAAAACUUUGACAACAAAAUGCGAGCUAACCUGGAACUGUCCUUAGUUAAAUUCUGUCAUAAGAAAAGAAAUGAUCCUCAUUCACCUGUUAGUUCUGUUACAAUUGGCAGCUGUGAAAUUCCUAUCAAUCCGAAUGAUCAAGCGCCCACUCCAGUUACCUUGACAGUGCCAAAAGAAUUUUUUAGUUUAUCAAAUGGGCAACUAGUCAAAUAUUACUCUCUCCAUUUUAAAAUCACUGCAACUAAAUCAUCUGUUAAUGGAGAAACUAAAAGUGACGAUAGUGAUACUCCAUCCUUUAAAAAGAGAAAAGUUUCUCAUUCUGAAGAAUUCACUAGAGAGUUAACAGUAAUCGAUCGUAAUCAUAAAUGUGUUUUGACCAACGGAGAAUAUCAGAUCGUUCUCGUGGAGGCUUCACAAGAAACAAACACUAGCCAAGUCAACAAUCAGGUUAACAACCAUAAAGUCUCAUCGUGGGAAUCUGUCUCACGAGCUCAAGAUAACAGUGCUGUUGUUUUUGAAAAAGGCCCUGUAUUAGUAUUCCAUUUAAUGUGGACUGAUAAUCCUGGGAAAUUACUUCUUCUCAAUCUACCUCUUAGCUGCCCAAACAAUGAAAAUAAUUCUUUACUCUACAAUGGAGGAACACAAAAUCAACUUCUAAAGAAAAACGGAUUAAAAACAUGCUCCAGUAGCUCAUCUGUUUCCAACUUGGAUUUAAUAGAAAAAAAUACCAAAGCCAGUGGUAAAAUAACUUAUAGAUUCCUCCAUGGUGAAGUUGUGCUACAACAAACAAAAUCAAGUCAAGACUUGAAGUGCCCAUGGUGCUCUUUAAAAUGUAAAGUGGUUAUGUCUUUAAUGCAUCACUUGAAAAACUGUCACAUGAGGUUCAACUUUUCACUCAUUCCAGACCCAAAAGGGUAUAAAAUUAAUGUUACCGUUAACGAAAACUUUGAUGGUUCUUAUGCGGGUAAUCCAUAUGACCUUUCUCAUCCGACUAUUGGCCAUGCAUUCAGCAAAAAAGGUCCAGUUCGGAGGUCUCCUGUCACUCAACUCAUUUAUCUUAAACCAAAAAAGCUUUCACUGCCACAAUUUGUUAAAACAGACGAUCCUGAUGGAAUUAUUUCCAUUAGACCUUAUAUAAGAGGUCAUAAUAGACAAUAUUACCAAUCCACAGAUUGUUUUCCAAUUAAACCUCAAGAAAUUGAUGAAGAUAGCGAGGCUGAAAUCGAUCCGGAAUGGAUGAGAAUAAAAACUCAAUUGAUGAUUGAUGAGUUCACAGACGUGAAUGAAGGAGAAAAAGAAGUUAUGAAGUUAUGGAAUCUUCAUGGAAUGAAGCAUGGAUAUGUUGGUGACUGUCAAAUUCCUGCAGCUUGUGAGAAAUUUGUUGACCAGUACUGGCAGGAAAUUUUCAAUCGUGGUUUAUACAAAAAUUUCAUUCUUCAUUUAAACAAUUUAUUCGACUUUGGCAUAUUACCUGCUACUCACAUGAGAUCAGUUAUUAAAAGACUGAAUCAAUAUAGGAAGCAAAUAAUAAAAAAGCAAGAGUCGAAUAAGUGAGCAUGACUUUGAUAUUUUUUAUUCUUUUUCAUCAUCAUCAUUUUAAUAUUAUUUACUUAUUUGCCACUGAUUUCAUCUAAUGUCUUCAGUAUUUGUCUUACCAAAUAAACAAAAUCGGUAAUAACAAUUUUUCCAUCGAAGCUCUAAUUCAAACUCAAAAUUUCUUUCGUAAUUUAAUAAUUUAACCAACUAUAUUUUCAUCUAAAUAAUGUUAUGAUUACUGGAUGAAUCUCUUUUUGAGUUUCAUUUAAUCCAAAAAGUAUGAAGGUACACUUAAAGCAAAUAAAAUAAAAUAAACUAUUGCAAAUAGA